AUGUCGAGCGGAAGGAAAAGCCGAGGUCGCCAAAAGAUUGAAAUGAAAAAGAUGAGCAACGAGAGCAACCUGCAAGUUACUUUCUCAAAGCGCCGUAGCGGGCUCUUCAAGAAAGCUAGCGAGCUUUGCACUCUUUGUGGUGCAGAUGUUGCUCUCGUCGUAUUUUCACCUGGUGAGAAGGUAUUUUCCUUUGGUCACCCUGAUGUUGAUACGGUCAUAAACCGUUAUCUCUUACAGGUCCCACCUCAAAACAAUACCACCAUGCAAUUCAUUGAGGCUCACCGUAGCGCCAACCUACGUGAACUCAAUACUCAGUUGACUCAAAUCAACAGUGCGUUGGACAUUGAGAAGAGGCGUAAUGAGGAGCUGACUCACAUGCGCAAGAAUGCUGAGGCUCAAUAUUGGUGGGCUUGUCCCGUUGAUGGGAUGAAUAGAGCUCAACUUGAAUUAUUCAAGAAGGCUCUGGAGGAGCUUAAGAAGCUCAUUGCUCAACAUGCUGCUCAGGGUGUUCCUACUCCAACCCUACCAUUUUUUGCUGGAAAUGGUUCAUCCGCUAACAUGCCGAUCCAUCAUCAGCCAAAUCCUCAACAAUCUCAGAUGUUUCCAGCACAAUUUUUCCAGAACCCUAUGUUGCAACCUCAUUUGUUUGGUUUUAACAACAUGGGAGGAGGAGGAUAUGGACCCCCUGGAUUCUAUUGA